CUAAAAUUGAACUUUGAAAGGUGCUGCGCCUGCGCCGAGCGGCCACAAAGCUCUGCCCUGUUUACUUCCUCCGUAAGGACCGGUUAUACCGAGGCCGUCGAAUUGCUGUUUUUAUCGCAAUUCAUCCUCAUCGCACAGAAUGAAUGAGAGUUUGCAACUUCGUGGUACCUUAGUUGGCCACAGUGGCUGGGUCACCCAGAUUGCCACUAAUAGGAAUUUUGCUGAUGUGAUACUGUCAGCAUCAAGAGACAAGUCCUUGAUUCUGUGGAAACUCACACGCGAGGAGAAUAAUUAUGGCUUCCCACAGAAGAGAUUCCAUGGACAUUCACAUUUCAUCUCUGAUGUAGUACUUUCCUUGGAUGGUCACUUUGCAUUAUCUGGAUCUUGGGACAAGACACUGCGCCUUUGGGAUUUGGCUGCUGGCAAGACUACACGUCGUUUCGAGGACCACACGAAGGAUGUCCUCUCGGUGGCUUUCAGUGCUGACAACCGUCAAAUCGUGUCUGGUUCCAGGGAUAAGACCAUUAAGCUUUGGAACACACUUGCCCAGUGCAAAUACACAAUUCAAGAAGAUGGCCAUUCUGACUGGGUUUCAUGUGUUAGAUUUUCUCCUUCUAACAGCAAUCCUAUUAUUGUAUCUUGUGGAUGGGACAAGGCUGUAAAGGUAUGGAGCUUGACAAACUGCAAGCUCAAGACUAACCAUUAUGGCCAUGCUGGUUACUUGAACACUGUCACAGUUUCACCUGAUGGUUCACUCUGUGCUUCAGGAGGAAAGGAUGCCAAGGCUAUGCUGUGGGAUCUCAAUGAUGAUAAGCAUUUGUAUACUUUGGAUCACACAGACACCAUCAACUCUCUCUGCUUCAGUCCCAACCGUUACUGGUUGUGUGCUGCUACUGGCCCAUCUAUUAAGAUUUGGGACCUUGAGGGUAAGAACAUGGUUGAUGAGCUGAAACCUGAUGUCAUAUCACAGAACACCAAGGCUGAACCUCCCCAGUGUCUCUCUAUGGCUUGGUCUGCAGAUGGUCAAACAUUAUUUGCUGGGUACAGUGACAGCAAAAUCAGAGUCUGGCAAGUUAGUGUUACAUCUCGUGCUUAAGUCUAUAUAUAGUAAAGACUGAUGCAGUAAA